AUGUGGAGUGCCCGUGUGUACUUUGACCGGCUUUCAUCGGUUUGUCAUCGUUUUGUCCGCAAUAUUACGACAGAAACAAGGAAGAGGAUGCGAUUUGUGCAGUUUGAAGUGAAUGGCGCACAGAAGGUUGGGGUGGAGCUUUCAGAUGGAGGUGACAUUGUCGAUUUAAAUGCUGCCGACAAAGAAAUUCCAGACAAUCUAAGAAGCUUCAUUGCUGGAGGACAGGCUCAGUUGUUGAGGGCCAAGAGCGCUGUCGAGAGUGGACACCAUGUCAUCAAGCGUGAUGCUGUCCGGUUGCUGGCCCCCAUUACAGCCCCAGAGAAGGUCAUCUGCAUCGGCAUGAACUACACUGACCACUGCGAGGAGCAGAACGCCCCUGUACCGGUGGAGCCAGUCAUAUUCAGCAAGUUUGCCAGUGCCAUUGUUGGCCCCUAUGAUGAUCUACAGUACUGUGAUGAAACUCAGCAACUUGACUGGGAGGUGGAGAUGACAGUUGUUAUUGGGAAGACUGGGAGACACAUCAAGAGGGAGGACGCCAUGAGCCAUGUGUUUGGCUUCACGGUGGCACAUGACGUCAGUGCCCGAGACUGGCAGAUGAAGAAGAAUGGCGGCCAGUGGCUUCUGGGUAAAACAAUGGACUGCUUCUGUCCUCUCGGCCCGGCUGUCGUCAUGAAGGAAGAUAUCGAAGAUCCCCACAAGCUGCGGCUGUGGUGUAAGGUGAAUGGGGUGACCAAGCAGGACAGCUCCACCAGCAACCUCGUGCACAAGACGGAGGAGUUGCUGGUGUUCCUGUCAAGGUUCAUCACCCUGAAACCCGGUGACAUCAUCCUCACAGGAACUCCCCCUGGUGUCGGAGUGUUCAGGAAACCCCCGGAGUUCCUUAAGCGAGGAGACGUUGUUGAAUGUGGAAUUGAAGAUAUUGGCAAAACCAUCAACAAAGUUGUGUGAUACUGAACAUUAUUCACCACUUGAAGGAACCGCAAUAUGUGUGUUGGUGGCACAUCUUCCUGAGGCAAGGGAAUUAACUGAUUAUAAAAGUCAAGUUUCCAUCCUUGCCGAACAAGGCUAGAAUUUCUGGGCUCAAUUGUAGCGCCACCAGUGGCUAUUACGAGUUAUGUACCUUCCAUGCCUCUGCUAUUGGUGAAUCAGAUUCCACCUCUCAUAUCAUUUCAAACAAAAUGGCGGCGCCCAGUCAAGAUGAUGUGAUCGAUAAUCAAGAUCAAUAUUGUGAUAAAAUGGGUCUUAAAUUGUGAAGUGCCUCAAAUCAUGUGAACACCUUGAUUUAAAACAUGUAAACAUUUGGAAACUGUCUGUUGACGCUGAGUUGGCGGUGCAUAUGCUUUGCAAAUCCUGCAAUCGACCGAAAUCUGCAUGACAGUUUUCUAAUCGGAUGUUGAUUUCUUUCCCAAUUUUGAUUGGACUAUGCAUAGACUCGUUAGUCCAGCCAAAAGAAACUCCAUAAUACCAGCCUAGUUUGGCAAGGAUGGAAACUCUACUUCUAAAGUUGCUUGCCCCAGGAAGAUGUUGGUGGAAGUACAGGGUUGUUGUGUGUAUUGAAAUAACCAGUCUAUGUGUACAAUCAGAUUCACUCAAGUUAUUCAGAUUCGCACAGAGCCUCAGAUAAGCUAUAUAUUUACGCAAAAUACACAAAAUAUGUCUCCAUGACACAAUUAAUUACGUGUUGCUUGCGUACAAAAAUGAAUGACAAAUUUCAAACUCCCAAUAGUAUAACAACAUUCUGAGUAAUUACUGUAUGCAUAGUUUCCAACUUAUGUCCCUGUACUUCUUUCCUGGGCCCACUUGUACAAAGCAAUCUUAGCGCUAUGACUAUUGUAAGCUGAUGUUAAAGUAUGGGAGUUACGACCAUCUUAGCCCUAAGAUCGUUUUGUGCAAGUGGGCCCAGAUAUUUUUUUUACUGAUCUAAUUCAGGAAUCGCACCUGAACUCGCAUAUUGUUAAUUAGAUAUGUAUAUCGCUGUUAGAAAUUUAAAAUUAGAAGUCUCCUGAAACAGAAUUUUGAUCAGAAUUAUUGAAAAAAAGUCUACUCAUUAGCGUAAAAAUACCCAAAUAGACCGGACCAAGGGAGUAAAAAAGUAUUGAAUACCCAUUGGCUCAAAACAGCUUGUACUAAACAUGAAGGGAGCAGAAGGAGAGAAAAGGAAGAGAGAGAGAAAGAAAAGUAAUCAGUGAGAAAAAAUUAGCUUUGUAUUACAUUUAUAUAACUCUGUACACAAUUGAAAUAUUUUACGUUAUUUUGUUCUGAUAAAUUCCCAAUUCCAUUGAAUAUCAAAUUGAGAUUGCAGUUGGUGUAUCUUAGGCUAUACUGCUUAUAUUUCUAAGUAAAUGCUCUUUCUUCAUGAAACAAGUCGCUUUCAAAGAAAAAAUGAUAUGCAUUUUCACAUUUACCUCAUAAGCAUUCUGCUGUCUCUUUAAUUUCUUGUCUUCAUAAAUCAUAGUUUCAUAAAUCAAAACAUUAUCAGGAGGCUUGCAUGAGGUUCAGUGAUGGUAUAGGUCAUGACUAUACAGAUUACAUGUUAACUGCUAUUCACAAUGAUGAUUAUAGCAUUAAAACAUUGCUAGUCCACUACUGGUGAUGGUGAAGUUUUUGUUGGUUGCUUGGUUGGUUUGUUGUUUAACGCCGCACUCAGCAAUAUUCCAGCUAUAUGACUGCGGUCUGUAAAUAAUCCAGUCUGGACCAGACAAUCCAGUGAUUAAUAUCGUGAACAUCA